GGGGUGGGUGGAAGUGACCGAGAGGUGGCCGGCCGGAGCGUUGAGGAGCCGCUGACCCGCUGGCGGUCUGUCCGGAGCGGCCGUGGGGGAUGGAGCCGGGGCUGAAGGCCGCCCUCUCCCUGUGGACCCUGGUCGCGCUGUGCGCCGCGUCCCCGGCCCUGGCCAAAGUCUACAGCAACACCUGGGCAGUGCGGAUCCCCGGGGGUCAGCAGGAGGCCGACAGGGUGGCCAGAGAGCACGGCUUCACCAACCUGGGAAAGAUUUUCGAUGAUUAUUAUCAUUUUCGGCACCAUGGGUUGGCGAAACGAUCAUUGAAUGAACACACACAUCAUCAGAAUAAGCUGCGACAGGACCCUCAGGUCGAAUGGCUGGAACAGCAAGUAAUUAAGAAAAGGGCAAAGCGGGAUAUAUACGUAGAGCCAAAUGACCCCAAAUUCCCACUGCAGUGGUACCUGCAUAACAUGAAUCAUCAUGACCUGAAUGUACAAGAAGCCUGGAAGCAGGGUUAUACUGGGAAGGGUGUUGUUGUCUCUAUUCUGGAUGAUGGAAUUGAGAAGAAUCAUCCAGACCUAUCAGCUAAUUAUGAUCCAGGUGCCAGUUAUGAUGUGAACAAUAAUGACCCUGAUCCUCAGCCUCGUUACACACAGCUCAAUGAUAAUCGACAUGGAACACGAUGCGCUGGUGAGGUGGCAGCCGCUGCCAACAAUGGGAUUUGCGGUGUGGGGGUGGCAUAUAAUGCCAGAAUUGGAGGUGUGCGGAUGCUGGAUGGAGAAGUGACUGAUGCCGUGGAAGCUCAGUCCCUUGGCAUGUACCCUCAGCACAUUGACAUCUAUAGCGCCAGCUGGGGUCCAGAAGAUGAUGGAAAGACAGUGGAUGGACCUGCUAAAUUAGCACAGGCAGCAUUUUUUAAAGGCAUUUCUCAGGGACGCGGUCAUCUAGGCUCAAUAUUCGUAUGGGCUUCUGGGAAUGGUGGCCGGGAGCAUGACAGCUGUAACUGUGAUGGAUACACAAACAGUAUCUACACCCUUUCAAUCAGCAGCACGACUCAGAAUGGGAAUGUGCCUUGGUACAGCGAGGCAUGUUCUUCAACACUUGCUACUACGUACAGUAGCGGAGGUCAAUUUGAGAAACAGAUUGUUACAACUGAUCUCAGACAGAAGUGCACAGAGUCGCAUACUGGAACUUCUGCCUCUGCUCCUCUUGCUGCUGGAAUCAUUGCCCUCACACUGGAAGCGAAUAAAAAUCUGACCUGGCGAGACAUGCAGCACCUUGUAGUACGAACAUCCAAACCUUCCCAUCUUUCAACUAAUGAUUGGAUUACAAAUGGUGUUGGCCGGAAAGUCAGUCACUCCUAUGGGUAUGGGCUGCUGGAUGCUGGAGCUAUGGUUGCCUUAGCUAAGAAUUGGACAAGUGUUGGAGACCAACGGAAAUGUGUCAUUGUUAUCACCUCUGAGCCAAAGGAUAUCGGUAACCGAUUGGAGAUACGGAAAAGGGUUGAUGCAUGCCUGGCGAGUUCAAAUUUUAUCCACUCUUUGGAACAUGUGCAGGCAAGAAUCACACUAUCAUAUAACCGGCGUGGAGACUUGGCUAUAUACCUCACCAGUCCCAUGGGAACAAGGUCAACUCUGUUGGCACCAAGACAGCAUGACUACUCAUCUGAGGGAUUUACUGACUGGGCAUUCAUGACUACACAUUCCUGGGAUGAAAACCCCUCCGGAGAAUGGGUUCUGGAAUUGGAGAAUAUGUCUGGUGCAAAUAAUUAUGGCACCCUGAGACAGUUUACACUGGUUCUGUAUGGGACGGCACCGACUAACUACAGCCAGCAGAAAUUGACCAACAUCACGCGACCUGCCAAUUGCAAGACGCUGAACUCUCAGCAAGUGUGUGCAGAAUGUGAAGGUGUGUUUUUCCUGCAUCAGCAAAGCUGCGUGGAAAAAUGUCCACCUGGCUUUUAUAAAGGACUCAUCGAUGGUCCUUUGGAAAACAACAUUGAAUCUCCACAAGUGUUGGGCUGCCUUCCUUGUCAUGCUUCUUGCCGCACGUGCAAUGGGUUUACGGCCAAUCGCUGCCUUUCUUGCCUGCCUCAUUCACGCUACAAUGAAAUUGAGUUGAGCUGCUCGCCCCAGAUGCAAGUCAGCAGAGAAUCUCCCCUGGAGAAAGAGGAAGUUGUUGAACCGCUCACUGAAUCACAUGUACCUAUAUGGUUUGCGUUGACCAUCUGUGCCUUCAUUAUAAUGGUAUUUUUUAUAAUAUUUAUAGUUCUUCAGGUCAGGUCAGGAUUCCAGUUCAGCAAAGUGAAAGUCUACACUCUACAAAACGGGAAAGGGAUUAUAUCUUACAAAGGAAUUUCUGACACCUGGAAAGAUGGGGAUUUAUCCGAAUCGGAUUGUGAAGAAUGUGAUGUUGAGGGCCGAAGUGAGAGAACAGCUUUUAUAAAGAAGAUACAAAGUGUCCUCUAAUAUUCCUCUUGCAAAUGUUCCAUCCUGUUGCUAAUGAAGGGUUGUGUGUGUUUCAUUUUCAUGGACUUCUGAGAAAAGUGUCUUUAGGGGACAAGGAAUCCACACACCCAUUUUUAUCUGGAAGGUGGGUGUUUGAAAUGAUGUUAGACACAAUCCCUCAUAGCUGAACUAUUGACAAUACUGGAAAUUGGGCAUUUUUCACAGCUCUUAAGAGGUAGGUUGGCGACCCUAGUUCCCAGCAAAACCUGGUCAGGGCCAUAGAAUGGUAAAGUGGAAUGUUUUUUUUUUAAACAAUUCAAUAUUGUAUAAUGGGUAAUAAUGAAAAUUUUGAGACUCCCAAAAUUAACAAGAACAUUCUUGAAAUUUCAGUUUAGAAGACUUUCAGAAAGUUGUUUUAAUCACAACAUGAUUGAAGGGGACAGAAACUUAUGUUUGGUAACACAUCACAACCCAGUUUUUGAGAAGAAAUAUUGUUAGUUCCAAAGGGUACCAUUUUUGCACUUUAAUUUUUUUUUUUUUAAAAAUCCAUCCCUUAAAAACACUCAUUGAAUUGUAAUUGAAGUUUGAAUUUUUUAAAAAAAUUCUCUCCAUGUAAUCAUUGACUCAUUGGGUCACUCACUGUAGUGGGCUGAGGUAUCCAGACCAGUGAGGUCUCUGAUUCAAACGCUAGUCUGUAUGGUUAUGGCUCGGUGCACUUGGUUAGGGGGCUAGUGGGUGAGCUAGGGAGGAAUGCAAUCAACCAGGGUUCCUUCUAUGCCUGCUAAAAAUGUCCAUGUGAACAUCUGAGCCAAGUAUGGAUUUGGCAUGGUGACCUCCAUGGCUGACCAAACUGAUAACACUUCCCAUCAGGGCUUAGAUGUGAAAAUUGGCACUUGAGUGAGGUACCAACAAACUGACAGUCACCUGUGGACCUGUCAGCCAGCAACAGCUGCUUCAGGAGAGGAGGGAAAUAAAAAUAUAAUUAGUUUGUCUGCAAAAACAUCACUUUCCAGAGCAGAUUGCAGAUUGGAGUCUGGCAAUUUUGAGGCAAAUAAAAUAAUUAGAUAAUGAAAACAAACCACACUAGAAUUUUAUAUUUGUUUUAUGCACAAUCUGAACAAUUCAGUUGUAACCCAGGGAAGUGGUAAUGCACAUACAAAUAUACUUGCAACCUGGAGUUCAAAUUGAGGCUGGGGUCUCUCUCUGUAUGUAAGGACUUUAUGCAAAGUGACUGGCCCUAAAUAGCAUGAGGCCUGUGAGGGCAAAAGAAUAACCCCUCCUACUAAAUUGGAGAUCUCACCUUGAAAAACCAGAGGCCGGUAUAGGAAAUGGAAAAAUAUCAUUCUAGUGCAGUGGGAGGUGCUUUUGAGGUUAGUGCUGAAGUACAUUAUUUGGCCAAGGAAAAGAGACCUCAUGCGACCUAACUUAAGAAAAGAUUUAAUUUCCAAGCAGUAACGAACCACUUUGGGCACAAAAGAAGUCCCCUAAGUAGUAUAAAUAUUUAUGCACAUCACUUUACUUACUGAGGUGUUGGUGCAACUCACCUCAAUAGCACUUUGUACCAGAACUCCUGCUAUUUCAAUGUCAUUUUCAAAUAGUGUCUUCCAGUUAUUUUAAUUGAAGGAUUUUGCUAUAAGCAUACUACAUAUUAUUGGUCAGAGAAGUCUGAUCAGGAAAAGCUGUCACAGCUGUUCUAUAAAGGAGAACAAAUAGAGCAGGCUGAAGUUGGGCAUUAAAUGUGAUUUAAUCUAAAGUCACAUUUUCUUACUGCAGAUUGCAUCACCGCAUUCAGUUUGCUAUCCAGGAUUUGUGGAUACAAAUAUACUUUGUUGAACUGUUUCAGAAUAUGCACCAAGCUGAAGGACGGAGUGUUAUUUAGGUACCUUUUCAUUUUGAGAAAAAACGAAUGGGGAAUGGAUAACACAAAGGGUUACCUCUGGCACCCGAGUGCUAAUCCAACCCGGACUGAUGUGAUGGGAGUUUCUCCAAGUUGUAAAGCCCUUGUUUGAAAUGAGUCUGGUUAUUCUCAAAUUAACCCUUAAGUGAGCAGACGCACGAAGUGCCCUUAAUUUGGUGUUAAAUUGGCAAUCUAAUUCAAAGGUCACAGGGUGGCUGAUGGGGGAAAAUGUCACACUGAUAUAGUAUAGGCACUGAUAUAGUAUAGGCACUGCUAUUCUGGAGCUGAGGCCAAUUGAAGGGAUAGUGUAGAGGGAGCAUUGAAGGGAUAGUGUAGAGGGAGCUGUGUCUGCCCCGAGAGUGUUUAACGUUGGCAAAGACUAUCUAAAAUGGAGAAAGUAUUCCACUUCCAAGCAUCAACCACUACAAACAUGAACUUCACAAGAACAUACCUGCUGAUGCAUAAAUCUGGACACAAGUAGAGAAACUGAACAAUCUUAGGGUCCAUUUUGAACAGUUUAAUAGAGUCUACCCUCUGAUCAGUGUUGCUACCUCCUUAGUUAAACCUUAGACACAAAUUUUAGUUUUCCCCUUUUACCAUUGGUGCCUCCUUACCUGAGAUGGUUUGCUGUGCUGAAAUUUGUGGAUAUUAGCUGUGAAAAAUGUUUAUCUUCUCUGCUGUAUGUCUGUAUAAAAAAUACAAUGAGCACAAAACAUUGGGGUGGGUGGGAAGUCUUUUUCUUCAAGUGGGGGUAUUAAACUGAAAUGGGGCUUUGGGACAUAAAAACCCUCAGACCAUUGAAACCCUCUCAGGGUGAUUCACUGAUGACAUCAAGGCUUCCUUCAAUGAAGCAAGAGAACUGCCUCAGAAGAAUAGUCUUUUUAAAAUUGUUAUUCCUGAUUUUAUAAUACAUCAACAAUUAUGGAUAAAGACAUUGAGCAUUUAAAAGAAAAACUUCAGGGCUGGUCAGGGAAUAAUCUUACUCUCAGAACUUGGUUGUAUCUGCUAUAGAUGUUUUUCCUAGCCUAUGCCUAGUUAAAUGAUCCAUUUGCUCUAUAUUUGUAAGUGGAUGACUAACCCUUUUUCCCCCAAUCAGUUUGUCACCAGGAUUAUGUAGCAUACCAGCAUACUUAUACACUACAGAAAAAAAUCAAAGUUAAACUAACAUUUCAAGGCUGUUCCAUACUCUUAAUUCAUCACCUCAGAUUGCUCCCACUGUUACCUUAGCCAGUGACUAACUUGUUCCCUUCAGUAAUUCAUCCUAUUGUUGCAACAAUGCUUUCCCUAGAACACCAAGUCUAGAGGGACAAAAUCUCUAAUGCUCAGGCAGGUGGGUUUUUUCCCCUCACGGUUCAGGUGGGCCUAUCAAAAUUUCACACACCUAAACCCUGUUGGGAAAAUUAUGCAUUUACACAACUUCAUAUUACCCAAGUUGAGUUAUAUCUGUAAAUGCUGAGUUACUGGUUUCACCUGAAUUAGGAGACUGAUUUCAAAUUUGUCAAGUAUAGAGAUUUUGAGGAGGUUUUAGGGUGGAAUAAAUUGUUGCCUUCAGCUAAAAUUGAAAGAAUAUUUUUCCAGUGGCCAAGUAGAAUUUAGGUGAACUUUAAACACCAAAAUGCUCCUUUUAACCGGGAUAUAGGAGUGUACUUCGGUUGGGGAGAAUUUAAUGUUAGGGCGAUUUUAUUUUGUUCUGCAGGAUAACUUGCUAUUUGGGAGUGAUGUCUUCAGUGAAGCAUUAUGCUUGUAUCGUAGCUUUGCACAUGGUUCUAACAAGCCACACGAAAUGGAGAGAUUCUUUUGGAUCUUGUCUGAAACCUGCCAUUACCCAUGAGCUGUUUUCAGGAGAAGCCCUGUCCUUGAUAGUUAUCCACAGUUGAUCUAAGCCAGAGCAGCAGUUGGGGUGCUAUAUUUGGCCUCAGUGUCCUUACAUCAGGGAUACUGAAAAGUCUCUGUCGGUCCUGCUCCUGAUUGUUAUCCAGUAGCCCCCACUGGGAAGUGCAUGUGUGGGAAUGUCCAUUAAGGAUGGGACUGAACUUUGCUCUGAUGCUUUCUACAGUUAGAGACUGCUGACUUUCAUUGGACUUUUAUAUGGAAAAGGUCCACCUCAGUUAGGUAUAGCAGGAAAACCAACCCCAAUAAGAAUUGACACAUUCAGGAAUUGAGGGCAGAAAGAUUACCAUGGGAACAAAAAAUCAUUUAUUUUGAUGCUUUGUGCAAACCAUGUUGAACAAAUGGGGUUUUAAAUAUUUAAGGUUUUCAGAUGAAAUGAAUAGAAUUUGCCUUAUUAAGUCAGUCAGGCUAACUAUAAAAGUUAGUCCAAUCUGUAAACCCCUGAGGGUGUCCUGUAUGGUUUAGCAGCCUUGCUAACAUAAUUCCUGAUUGUGUUAUCUAUUGACUUUGCACUAUAUGCACAAUAUUCUCUCCCCUUCUAUUAUUGUGAAUCUCGAGCACUAAAUCAGUGUUGCAGAAGCAUUGCUGAAAUCCCAGGUGUUUAAGCAGUGCUGGUUCGUUCUGGCUUUUUUGAACUUGAGUAAAGUGAUGGCACCAUGUGACUUUUAUUUUAAUAAAGCAAUAUGAUUAUGGGCCUUGGUGUUGGGGGGGAGAUCUAUGAUUGUUAAUCAAUGAAUUUAUGAAAAAUAAUUGUAAAUAAUUGUAAUAUAUAUAUUAUAAACCAUGAUUUCAUAAUAUGCAACCUCUUAAUGUGUAAAGGAAUUCAGCAGUACGUAUGCUUCCAUCAGGGAAAUCCUGAGUUGAAUUGAUUGUCCCGGUGCUUUGGAUGAUGAGAGGAAAUGACUUUGUCUGUUCUGCUGCUUUGUUUUUGCAGUGCAUUGUGGGAUACUUGAUGGGGGUGGGAUGGAGGACAAGGGCCACAGAACUAAAGAUUGUGCCGUAGCAGUCUUCUCUUGUAUCGGUGAUCUAUGAAUCCUUUCCAGAUCUCUACACCCAAGUUCCAUCCCUAUCUGUAUUGCACCCAAUCACUCGGUUUGGUGCUGCGUUUCUCUUUCCUGCAAGGCACAACUGUUUUCCAUACUGUGCUUCAGAUGGGAAAGGAGGGGAUAAUCUUGCCUGUUGCAAGUGACCAAUUUAGACUAUGAACUGUUCCGUCCAUUCCCAAUACAUCUUUUCACAAUGUUAAACCGCUCCAAGUUCCCAUGUUGUCAAUGCACUUUAAACUGCCUUAUUUUUUGAUGAACCCCCAGAUGGUUUGCCCUGCAAAUCACUAUUUUGUGAUAUUUGUUCCAGCUUUUUGUGCUCCUACACCCACCAUGUUGAAACACCAAACCAAAAUCAUUUUUCGAAGGGCUUGGGAAACAGCUGGCGAAAUAACUUAAUACUGUUCUGGGUGUUUCUUUUUGAAGAAAUUAUUGACGCACUAGCAUACAAAAAAAUGUUGAGGAUGGAGGGAUUAAUCUGGUCAUUUUGACUGUUUUGCACAACUCUUAAUGGUGACACUUUAUUGUGCAAAACUAUAAAUGAUUAGUCAUAGUUAUGCCAGAGUCUUUCUAAUUGAUUUGGCAAUGUGCUUGUCGCCAUUAGUUUUAUGCAUUUCUGGUGAUUAAUCAGUCACAGAUAACCUUUGUCCUAACUAAGUAAAAAACCAAGUGGCAGAAACGUUUGCACAUUUUGUUGGAGAUUAAGUGUAGUUUUAGUUCAUAAUAAAUGAAAACACUUCAGUGGAUUACUAUGUUCUCCUCUUCCCCUUCCCUCUCGCAAUUUGUAGCUGUGUUGCACUAAAAUAUUUUAUCAUUCCAAAUCUUGUCUUAUGCAUUAACCAUUCACAAAGUUGUCUUUAAUUGAAAGUACUAUUUAAGAGACUCUCCCAGGGGCUUGGCAAGUGAAGGCAUUCUGCAGAGUAGCAGUGAACCAUACAGACGAGAAGGUCUUUUGUUUGAUUCUCAAUCUGUGCUGAGUCAUUAAUUUCAGGCAAGGUGAAACUGCGGUUGACCUCUGAAUCUGAAGAAGAUGGUGAAAUUAGAAGAGGAGCACAUCAAGCCAUAUUCUGGUACUUGCCAUGGUAAAACAGCCCAUCAACUCACUUUGCCUAAGCUUGCAUCUGAAGGCACUUGCCAGAAGACUGGAAGCCAGCUACCACCUAUUGAACCAUACCCUAAUGUGAGCCAAGCCUUUGGGAGAGAUGGGGAGAAAAUUAGGGAGGAGGUGGGGGAUAUAAGAGAAAUGUGCAGCACCCAAAACCAUUCACAAAAUUAAAUUGAAAGGGCUACAUAAACUCAGUUGCAGUUCUUAUUCCACAGUGCAAUGCAUUAAAACAUGAGAGAUGCUGGCUGCUUGCUGUGAUGUGAAGUCCAAUUGCUAUAAUGCUGAUAUUGUGGAUGAUUUACUAAGUGAACAGACAUAUUUUUGUACAAUAUUAUAUAGUGCACAGUAAUUUUCUUGUAAUAUAAAAUUGCUUAAAACAAAUUACUCUUAUUUAAUGGAUGUGGAAAUAUUGUCAUAGAUCUACUUAAAGAAAUUAAAGACUGUUUCAAAGCAAAA